CGGGGUCCUAGCUACCGCCUCUGCGCAUGCGCACCUCGCCAGGGCUGGGGCCGGGCCGGGACGGGACAGAAAACCGGCGGCUUGGUUUGUUCAGCGGGUCGCGGUCAUGGCUCUCGUUUCAGGCCUCUACGGUGUGCACCUGGAGUCAGCAGCGCGCUUGUGCGUACAGUUCGGUUCAGCAUGUGGAAGAAUGGCAUUCAGUGAGCUGUGUCAUCGCUUCAGAUAAAGAAAAUGUCACCGUGGCUGCAGAGAUCUCCUUGGAUCACUCUGAGGAGUUACUAAAAGAUGUAACUGAACUGCAGAUCCUUGGUGAAAUAUCUUUCAACAAAUCUCUAUAUGAGGGACUGAAUGCAGAGAACCACAGAACUAAGAUCACUGUCGUCUUCCUGAAAGAUGAGAAGUACCAUUCUUUGCCUAUCAUCAUUAAAGGCAGCGUUGGUGGACUUCUGGUGUUGAUCGUGAUUCUGGUCAUCCUGUUCAAGUGUGGCUUUUUUAAAAGAAAAUAUCAACAACUGAACUUGGAGAGCAUCAGGAAGGCCCAGCUGAAAUCAGAGAAUCUGCUUGAAGAAGAGAAUUAGGACCUGCUAUCCACUGGGAGAGGCUAUCAGCCAGUCCUGGGACUUGGAGACCCAGCAUCCUUUGCAUUACUUUUUCCUUCAGGAUGAUCUAGAGCAGCAUGGAGCUGUUGGUAGAAUAUUAGUUUUUAACCAUACAUUGUCCCAGAAGUGUCUGUGCAUUGUGCAAAAAGUAAACUUAGGAAACAUUUGGUAUUAAAUAAAUUUACACUUUUCUUUGCA